AUGAAGGCCGAUGGUACAUGGGGUGAUCACGUGAUUCUCCAUGGUGCGGCAAACUGCUUUGAUACCUGCAUUCACGUGAUCAGCAGUCAUCAUCGUGAUGUACUGAUUAACCCACAACGUGAAGAUGUCGACCGUGACCGGCUUGUACUGGGACACUUAUGUGAGCUUCACUAUGUUAGCCUUAUUCCACGCAAAUCACCUGAAGGUAAUUCACCUCUUGCCUUGUAAUGUUAGAUUUAAAAAGACACUUUAACAAAUAGAAGUUGUUGUAGUUCUGAAGUGGCAAUAUGUUAUGCCAAAUUAUUGCCGCCUGUCGGAAGUCUUGGUUCUAGUGCCACGUGUCACUUGUAAAAAUGAUGACAUUCAUUUAUUUAGUAACAACCUGUGCAGAAGGAAGAUCUCCACAGCGUUCCGAGCCCUUUUGUUAAAACUUAUGAUUUUAUUUUUGCCAAAAAGCUCAAAAAUAGAUCAGAAGUAUAAAAUCUGUCAAGCAAACUACAAAAAACUUGGUUUUUCCAUUGUCACACUUUGUUUUCUUUUUGAAGCCGUUCAAAAAACUCGCAGUCUUAUAUUAUCAGGUUUAAAAGCUCUUGGCCUCGCUUGAAUUUUUAUCCUGAUAAUACAAGACUGCGAGUUUUUUGAACGGCCUCAAAAUCUCUGAUAUAGAUCAACUCAUUCUUGCACUAAUAUUUAUAUACUUGGGGUUAUUUUGGUUUAAGAAAUUAGACGUAAAGUUUAGCCGUGUCUUUAUCAGAUAUAAAGACACUCAUUAAACAUUUAUUUCUUUUGUUUUUUUCUUAUGAAUUAUUAAUCGAUUUUGGAAUUUUUUAUCUCGCGACAUAUUAAGGCAAACGACUCAUAAAAAACAACUCUAGCUUAUUAAUACAUUAUUACUUUUUAGACCUAUGUACAGUAAAGCGCCAGAAACGCAGAUUAGAAACGGACGAAGAUGAUGCCCAUUUGGAUUGGGGUAAGGAUAAAGUAAUGAUUUUUGCUAUCAGAAAGGUAGAUUUGCUACAAGUUGUCUCUCUUAAAAGUGAGCGAAGCGAGGUUCAAUGCAUGAGGUCGCGCAGCGACCGAGCGAGCGACGAAGUCCUAAACGCCCUGCAGCAGCCACGCUCAGAGGACCACGUUUCACUCGUGAAAAAUGACCCCCACGUUCGUAAAUAACAAUUGAAGUCAGUGAGAUAUGAAUCUGACAUGAAGAACCACUGAGAAAAACUGUAAUUGCUGCAAUUUCGCGUCCAUAGACCUAUUCGGCUAACUCAGUGUUGUACCCAAUUCAAACCCUUUGGGAAUAAAACGUUUUGUUUCAGGAAUUUUCAUAUCGUUUAAAUGAGAAUGCCACAUUAUAAUGCAAAUACAAGACACAAAGAAUCUUUACCCCGAGAGAUUUGAAUUGGGUGCAACAUUGAGUUAGCCGAAUAGGUCUAUUGUACGGUGUCGUGUGAAUUCCAAUGUUUAUAGCAAAUGUCUGUUAUUUUUUGUUAUCUAAAGGUGGAGAGAAAAACAAGAAACACAAAUCAGGCAAGAAAUAG